CAAACACCCAAGGUUUAUUGUGAGAAAAGAUUGCUUAAAAUGACAAUUAACAAUUUAGUAAGUUAAAUACAAUGGCCGUUCCUAGCAUGACUGAGUAGGCCGUCAGUAUGUGUUUCUUCAAGACGAAAAUUCCUACGUCAGCGAAAUAGUAUCAGAGAAAGGGCUUUAUGCUGGCAAAAAUACUUCGAAGCAUUGUUCGGAAAGAUUUUUUUAAAGGCACCGUUUAAAGUGUCUCGUUAAUAUGAUAAAUUUCCUUCGGAAAUGAAGGUUUUAAAGUAUAUUCCUCUACUACAAUCGCUGCUAUUUUUUUGUUCUGUGAAAAGCCUAUUUGCGAGGCUCCUUGUCAAGGAACCUUCACUUUAUCAUGUAGUUUUACAGUGGCUGACUUAAUUACUCAUAGAGAUGAAUAACCUAGAAAGCAGAGUUGGAUUAAAAAAUAAAAAUAAAAAAAAAUCGGUUUCAAAACAAGGUAUGAGUUGUAAUAAAAUAUUUAUCAGUUAUCUAUUAAAUCUGCUCUUCAAGAGCUACUCAGGUAUACAGCAUGGUAUGUCAUGUAUUUCUAAGAUAUUUUCGUAAUACCUAAGAGUUCGUGGCACUCAGAAAUUUUUUGCCGGACUGAAAAUGAGGAAAUUCACAUUUUGUGUAAAAACAAAAGUACUUAGGGUAUUUAAUGGUCAGCCCAAAUAAUAAGACUUGCUGUUAAUAUAUGAAGCUUUGCCCCCCCAAAAAAGAAAAAAGAUUAACGACAGAACGAUUUUUUUUCAAAGUAAUGUUAGCCUCUUAGUUUUCAUUUUUGCUUUUUAAGGGGAAUACUGUUUUUCAGUGCAUUAAUUUAAUAUCUGGUAUUUGACCAUGAAAAAUUAAUCAUUUUAAAAUAACUUUCACCUCUUCCCCAAAUUGACACAAAAGUUGCCAACUGAUUAUAUGUUACAGUCUCCUAUGACUCUACUCUUGGAAUUUCUCCCAAUUUGUAGAGAAUCAAUUUGCACAUUUUGUCUCUCUUAAAAACAAAGGGGGAAAAAUCCUCUAAGCUGGUGAUUUUACAUUCUUUGACAAACUUCAGUAUCAACAGGCAGCGAUACCACUUUAAGAAAAUUCCGAGGAAAGACCUCAUUCUAAAAUUCCCACCUCUGGCUCCCAAGGAUUGGGUUGCAAACUUCGACAAAAUACUCUUCUCCACUCGCUAUUGGAGGCACACUUGAUGGAAGUAAUAUUUGAAGAUGAUAAAACUGACAGUGCAAUUUAAGAUGGUUCCAAGGGCAGAGAGCGAAAGCUAAGGGGCCCCAUACUGUAAAUACUGGCACACAGUGAGAAGACUAUGUAUAUAAAAAUAUGCAAGAAUCACAGGAAAUGCAUGUAUCCAACCACCUAGAUGAAGUUGUUGCUGCUGUUAGCAUCACUCAGAGAGAGAAGGUCCAAAGCAAGCUGCCCCGGGCAGCACUAUUCCAGCCUCCUCGAGAGAAACUCCACCUCUGUGAAGAGAAAGCCAAGUCCUAUUCCAGGAGUCAUGAAUACAAACAGGCUGUCCACGAGCUUGUGCGUUGCGUAGCACUGACAAGAAUUUGCUAUGGAGACUCACACUGGAAACUAGCAGAGGCACAUGUUAAUCUGGCUCAGGGCUACCUCCAGCUGAAAGGACUGUCACUGCAAGCGAAACAACAUGCAGAAAAAGCCAAACAAAUCCUCGCCAGCUCCAUUGUGCCUCCCUAUAACGACAGCACGGAUGUGUUCAAGUUUUCUGUUGAGCUUUUCCAUACCAUGGGGAGAGCCUUACUCUCCCUUCAAAAUUUUAAGAAAGCUUCAGAGAAUUUGAUGAAAGCAAAGAGACUUUCAAAGGAGCUGCUACAAUGUGGAAGGAUUAUAAAGGAAGAAUGGAUAGAAAUUGAAGCACGGAUCAGAUUAUCAUUUGCACAGAUGUAUCAAGGUCAGAAGAAAUCAAAAGAAGCUUUGCCCCACUAUCAAGCAGCUUUGGAAUAUGUUGAGAUCAGUAAGGGUGAAAAAAGUCUUGAGUGUGUACCAGUAUUGAGAGAAUUAGCAGGGGUAGAGCAAGCCCUGGGACUCCAUGAUGCAUCCAUCAACCACUUCCUCCAGGCACAUCUCAUUAUCCUGAGUAAAAGCCCCUCUCAAGAGGAGGCAGCAGACUCCGCACAUAUCGUCGCCCACGCUGCUGUCGCUUCAGGGAGACCCGAGCACCACGAUGUAGCUGAGCAGUAUUUUCAAGAGAGCAUGGCUCAUCUAAAGGAUUCUGAAGGGAUUGGAAGAACCAAAUUUCUUUCAACUCAAGAUGAAUUUUGCCAUUUUCUACAAAUGACUGGACAAAAAGAGAGAGCAACCUCCAUCUUGAGAGAGUCCCUGGAAGCCAAAGUGGGAGUAUUUGGUGAUUUCAGUCCUGAGGUGGCAGAGACAUACCGGCUCCUGGGAGGAGCAGACCUGGCGCAGGGGAACCACAGCGGGGCCCACAAGAAACUGAAGAAGUGUCUCCAGAUCCAGACUUUCUUGUAUGGACCGCAGGACAAAAAGACUCUGGCCACCCAGCAGGCCAUGGGCAUCCUGUCCACGGCUCCCGAGAUUGCUGUGAAGCCAAGGCAGGCAUCAAAAGGCAAAGUGGCCUUCUGCACCAGCAUCCCUCAGGACACCAUGCUGAGGAAGGCCCGGCCCAGCACAGCAGCAGACUGAGGCCCCCACCCUGAAAAAGCCUAGGACAUUCCUGGGCACUGCCAAUCAGGGUGCUGUACACAUCUGUCUCCACCUAGAAGAUGGAAUUCAAUAGUCAGGAUACAGACUUUCAAGGCCAACUGUUGGCUCCAACAUGCAACAGUGAGACCAAAAGCCUCCUGUGGGCCACACUGUGAACAGUGGAUGCCCUUCAGGGUGAUAUAUGCUAGAAAGCAUUUUUCUUUUAAUCACCUAAGUGUUUUUUCUUGCCAACAAGAAUUUUUGGCCAUCAGCACUACUGUGGCUGAAACCUCUCUUCAGAAGUUCAGAGCGGCCUCUGCAGGAGUCAGCCUGGAUCUACUGGUACACACAAAUCCUUGCAUAGGUCUGGAGUCAGAUCUGGAACACUAAACUCAGGAAGAAGCCCUUUCUCAUAGGAGGUUAACAGGGAUCAAGAAUAACAUGGGAAGAAAAUGCUAAUAAAGGGAAACUCUAAUGCGCUGGUAUCGGCAUGUGUUUUCAAAGUGCAGCCUGCCUCAGAGUUCCUUGGAGCCUGAAAGGGGGUCAGAGACAGCUCCCUUUAUGUGUGUCCUUGGUCACUCUUUGAACUGUGUCGAGCACCUGGUAUGUACGUGGCAUGUGCUAAGAACGGGGGGCACGGCAAUAGACAAGACAGUCACAGCCCGGCACAGCACCAGGAAUUAGUGCUGUGGGAUUGGUAGGCAGCAGGGGCAGCACCCGUGAGAGCAAAAGAGCAGAGUGGGAGGGGCAGGAGGCCAAUGCACCGGACUCGGUGCACCUAACUAAGCCUGGGCCAGGAGGCAGGUGUAAGGGACUGAAAAGAAAGGCCAGCAGGACGCUGCAGGGGGGUGGCACUGAUUCCCUGCUGCUUCACAUCCUGUCUGGCCUCUACUCCAGGCAGGACAAAUCCGGAUGCCACCUGGAGCUGCUUCCUGAGUUGACACACUGUCGUGUGCACAGAAGUCUUCAGCUCCCUGGAGGGAGGCCUUAGUCAUGUGAGGCUGGCCAAGUCUAACAGGAAGAUUUGAGCAUGUUUUCCACAAUGUCAAAGAUGAGAUCCAGUGCCAGAUUGAGAUGGAUGGAGCACCCAGAAGUAGGGAUGCAGGUGUGGGCAAUGCCGUCCCUUCUCUUCCCUCCCCUCAUCCCACAGACGGUGGCCAGUGAGGCUGUAGGCUGGUACUAGGAUGGCAGCAGAUUGCAGCACAGGGGGCUGUCCCUCCAGCUCCCUCUGGGACAUCUAAACCAUCCUGGGGCCAUCUGUGCAGGGCCCCACCUCAAGAAUUGAGGGGGAAAAUAAACUCAAUAGAGUCACAACAGGGUAGAAAAAAGCAGGCUCCAUGUCUUCCUCAGAAGCGUGACACCUGACCCUACAGACCAUCCUUGCUGGUACAUGCUGGUCCCAGAUCCUGGGCCUGCAGGACAUCAGCAGUGUGCUAAAAAGGUGUAAGAUGUGGUCACUACUCAUCAUGUGUCCUAUCUAAGUUGACACGGGCGGAGUCUGCUAUGGGCUGAAUGUUUGUGUGCCUCCAGUUCAUGUUGAAGCCCUAAUCCCCAAAGGGAUGAUAUUAGGAGGUGGGGCCUUGGAGAGGUGAUUAGGUCAUGAGAGUGGAGCCCUGAUGAGUAUGAUUAGUGCUUUAUAAGAAGAGACACAAGAGAGAUGAUCUCUCUCUCCACCGUGUGAGGACACAGAAAGAAGGCAGCCAUCUGCAGGCCAGGAAGAGAGCCCUCACCGGGAAGCGAAUCUGUUGGCACCUUGAGACUUCCCAGCCUCCAGAACUGUAAGAAAUAAAUGUCUCUCAGGUUAUGGCUCCCUGUUAGAGCAGCCUGAACUGAGAGUCCAUGCUGGGUUUUUUAAUAAAUGUGCAUCCUGAUGUUA